UCCAAUUUCCGUUCUGAGUUCGUGUAUCAGCCAUGUUGUUGUUCGGAGAGCUUUUUCCUUCAUAAUCAAACUUAUCUCCAUGUAACUCUCGCCUUAAAGCAACUCAACCAUGAUGGUGGCCUUUGAGGACCGAUUCUGGGGCGAAAAAAAUGCUGGCUACGAUGUACUUUACCAUAAUAUGAAAUAUGGCAAUAAUGCUAGCGUCAAAGUAACAGAAUUUAUUCGAGAAAGAUCCACAGUUGAAGAGAACUAUUCGAAGUCCCUGAUCAAGCUAGCGAAGUCUGCUUACUCGGUAUCUCAACUAGGGUCCUUUGAGCCACUCUGGGGUGUCCUGAGAGUUGCAACUGAAAGACUUGCAAAUGCACAUCAUCUUGUAGUAGGGAAACUACAUGAACUUGCUAAGGAGGUGAAGGAGUAUGGAGACAAACAGAAGGAAAAGCAUAAAGCCGCUAAAGAGGAAUUCAGCAGUACGGCUGAAAUUGUUCAAACAAUACAAACUAUGACAGCUUCUUUGACAAAGGCAAAGGAAACGUACUAUGCAAGAUGUCAUGAAUAUGAGAAACUUAAAAAAGAGGGGACAAGUGCAAAGGAAAUUGAAAAGGCUGAAGCCAAAAUGAGAAAAGCUGGUGAAGAAUACAAGUCGCUUGUAGAAAARAGAGAGAUUAUCAGGAACGAAUUUCAUGACAAAAUGGUCGAAACAUCUAGGAGAUUCCAACAAAUAGAAGAAGAGCAUCUGAAGACAAUCAUUGGUCAUAUGGAUGUGUAUAUUGAUUCUCACCUGGCUGGCUGGAAGAUGAUGGAAGAGUACGUAGCAAGGGAACUGGAACAGAAGUACCAGGUGUGAUCACAUUUGAGGAGUAUGAGGAACAGCUUGAGAAUUCUGUCAGUGUUGARAAUUCACCAAGUGCAAACAAUAAAUCCCACCAGACAAUGAAACCAGGUUUCUCUCUACCAAAGAAAAAAGAAAAGAAGGAGAAAAAAGAGAAGAAAACUAAAAAGAAGAAAGACAAAGACAAAGCGAACUCAAGUCACAGCAGCAACAGUCAAGGAUCCCCAGAACACCAGGAAAAUGGACCAGUAGAAUCACCUGUAAGCGAAGGAAGUGAGAUGGCUUCACAGUCCUUUGAAGUUGACGAGGAAGGUUAUCGAAUACGACCACCAGAUACAGAAAGUGCAAGGUCUGCAGGAUACUCGUCUGAUUCUGACUUUGAUUCUGAUGAAGAUGAAGAGCCAAGACGUAUUCAAGUAACUAUUAAGCCAGUAGAUGACCAAGUCUCUCAAACAGCGUCAGCCGAUGAGAUCAAAAAAAUAACUGAAUCCAUGAGUUUAUCAUCACCAGCAUCCAUGAGACGCAAUCUCAGUUCAUCGUCAGGUCUGAGUGAUGGAUUUAGACCAAGAGCAGCUACUGAAAACACCAAAACCAGCAAUGCUGUUAAAUUCAGAUCAAGAUCAAGUGACGACUUACUUGAUAUCAACUUCAGCAAUAAAUCCAUCGUAAGCCCUGGUAGUGAUUCCAGUUUAUCAACCUCUGUAAUGUCAGCCGAUGCAACAAAGUCAGACACCACAACUAUUAAUAACCUUAGCACCUUUGAUUCAUUUACAAAGUUAGAUCCUUURUCAACAUCGUCUCCUGCUGCAGUUACUUCUCUUGGAAAUGAUAAAGGAGACAAUCAUGAUGAUGACGACAUUCCUCCUGUUUUACCAAAGAAAAAAGGUAGUUUUAUCGUCAUCAAUGAUGACAUGAAUACUCCUCCACCUCUACCCGCCAAGAGAGAUGGGGCAGCAGGUCUGCUUUCUAGCCCAGCUGACAGCAAAGUUUCAUURAAUAAYAAUAAYACCACUGAAGCUCCCAAACCACCAUUACCACUACUUAAUAAACCACCAACUCGCUCAGCGACGACAAGUUCAGCUCUUGCYAGACCACGCCCUCAAGGAACACAGAAAAAGGCGAGCAUUGUUUUAAACACCCAAACUCCACCAAACCAAAGCUCAGGAAUGUCAUACUCAGAAGAGCUGUUUUCCUUCAUGUCAGACCUUGAUUUCAGUAGUGCAACUAACCCUCAACAAACCAAAGACAGCCAAGAUGGAUCACCAAAAACACCAAAGACUCCCUCACGAGUUAGCUAUGUUGGCUCUGUYGCAGUUACUUCAGAGACUUCCAGUAGCACUAGUUCUACUUUAAGCAGAGCAAGUACUUCUUCAACACUGCAAGACGAUGUUGAGAGAUUAGACAGUACUGGAGGUUUAAUACGAUCAAAGACUGUUGGAGCAAUGCCGUCAGUACCGCCAAGAAAUAAGGAGGAUAUUCUUCCUAUUGCUGUUGCAUUUAUUGAGUCAGUGAAUGCAUUUUUUAGAGGGAAUGAUUACAAAGGGGAGAUAUAUAGCAGAGAGUUAGCCCCAAUCACCAACAUCAUAAUCAAAUCAUUUGUAUGUAAUAAAAAGAAAUAUAUUUCCCCUUAAAAAAUAAUAAUUUCAUAUGUUUGAAAUGCAAUUCAAUAGAAGAUGAAUUUAUUUGCAAAGCAUUAAGAGUAAUUACUAAUAGUUGUGCAAYGUCACGAAAAUUGAGCACCAUUUUUUAUUAAACAUGAAGGUGCAUUUUCAAGUAGAAUUAUUUCAAGUUUUAGCUAGUUACAUGUAUGUMCACUUGAUUCACUGGAAAUUGAAAAGUCUAGUUCUCAUUGGUUAAGUAAGCUUUCAGUAGAGUUCAAACUUCCUUAGAGGCAUUACUCUAUGAUUAACUUGCUUAGAAAAUUAUUUACAAAUAAAAAUAUGCUUGUAGAAUACAUCUAAAGCAACAACCCAAGAAACAGGCAGUAUUUUAGAUGUUUAGAGAAGAACAUCUUCAGUUGCAACAAGUAAUGCACUGACCAUUCACAUAGAAUUCUCUAGCUGCAAAUCUGCCAAARGAUUAGUGAGAAAGUCAUGGAUGAUUGUAUUUUUAUACCARAGCUUGUGUAAAAACAAAUGCAUUCCUGUCUAUCAAACUCAGUGAUCAAAAAUUCAAAAGCAKCAUUUCAAUAAUGUGUCAUUUCUUCAAAAAAACACUACUAAUUUAUGAUUAUAAGUUGGUGUAUCGGAGUAUUCAGGGAUUUCUCCUAAGCUAUUCGGGCUUUUCCCUGAAGUAUUUGUGGUUUCCACUACGCUAUUAAUGUUUGCUGCAAGGCUUUAUUGAGGCAAUUAUUCAGGGUUUUCCCUAAGAUAUCUUUGGGUUUUCCCCUACAAACAUUACAAACAAUCGAUGCAUGUGCUAUUUUAUUUCUCAAAACUUGCUUCUCAAACCAAAAAAACGUUUAUUUUUCAUAAAAGAUAUUAAUUUAACAUUAUUACAUUGCUUUAGUAGAAUUAUUCCUGCUAGGUAUUUUAACGUUCCCAAAAUUUCCGCAUUAUUUCCAGAUCUUUUCAGCUAUAUCAAAUGCACUUAGCAUAGUGUUUACAAAAGAUAUGAAACCAAGUAGUUUGUUCACGCACACAAGCAAUAUCCGUAAUGUUUUCACAUUAUGUGAGAAAAUAAAUAAAUUCUUAUAAAACUGA